AGCUGAUUCUCCCACUCUUCCAUUUUUCAACAGACAGUGUAUACUGGAAUUCUCACCGACUAGAUAAUAGAAUUGGUUACGUCGUCGUACUCAUUUUCCAUAUUGUCAACAAAGAAAUCGUCGUAUACGAACAACUACAGCAUCGUAAAAGCUAAUGGCAGAUUAUGAAAUUGUCAAAUCGAAAAGAUACCAUACAUGUAGAAGUAUUUUGAAACGCUACAUAUAUAUAUAAAAGAAAAAUGAUUAUGGAAGUCAAAGAGUUAACUAUGUCAUGUUGGAUUGCUUUUCAAGGUCACGUGCCAAACAUUUUUAGCACGAAGAAUCAUAACCAAAGAAAUAUGUAUAGUUAAUUCCAUUUCGAGUUUAUUUUACACAAAUACGUAGCUGGUUUUGGGAAUGGUUUAGCUGGUCUGGCUCAUCUUCAACUAUGUUACGUGCUGCGGAGAAAAAAAUUCUUUCUUGUUUGAGAACAGCAUAUAGAGGAUGGUAUGUGGAUAUAGGACCAGUUGUAGGAACAUCAGAUAAGAUAUGGACCAUUUCUUUGAAUGAAGAAUCAACAAAAACACCAAUUGUCUUAUUACAUGGUUUAGGUGCAGGUGUGGCAUUGUGGUGUUUAAAUCUUGAUGCAUUGGCUUCUCAAAGGCCAGUAUAUGCUAUUGAUAUAUUAGGUUUCGGUAGAAGUAGUCGUCCUGUUUUUAGUAACGAAGCUCAAGAAGCUGAGAGUCAAUUAGUUCGCUCUAUUGAGGAAUGGAGAAGAGAAAUGCAGUUAGAAAAAUUUGUACUGUUAGGUCAUUCAAUGGGUGGUUUUCUUGCAGCAUCAUAUAGCAUGCAAUAUCCCGAAAGAAUUAAACACCUGAUUCUUGCCGAUCCAUGGGGUUUUCCGGAAAGACCUGUAGAUCGAAUUUCCAGAGUUCCUAUGUGGGUAAAAGUUAUAGCAUAUGUAAUCGAACCAUUAAACCCACUUUGGCCAGUCAGAGUAGCUGGUCCAUUUGGACAGUGGUUAAUUGAAAAAACAAGACCAGAUAUAGUAAAAAAAUUUGCACCUAUAUUAAAAGAUGAUACUGCUGUGAUUUCACAAUAUUUACAUCAAUGUAAUGCUCAAACACCAUCUGGUGAGAGUGCAUUUCAUGCAAUGAUGCAACAUUUUGGCUGGGCCAAAAAUCCUAUUGUUAAAAGAAUGGAUAAAUUAAAUCCAGAAAUUCCAAUAACUUUAUUAUAUGGUAGUCGAUCUUGGGUUGAUAAUUCAUCUUGGGAAACACUUAAGCAAGCUAGAGCAUCAUCUUAUAUUAAUGUUCAGGCUAUAACAGGCGCAGGGCAUCAUGUUUAUGCUGAUAAAAGUGAAAUUUUCAAUAAAUAUGUAUUAGAAGCAUGUAAUCUAAGUGAUUCCAUAUCCCAUUUAACAGCAUCAGAUAUUCGAUCAAACUCUAAGUCUAUAAAUGAACAACAAAUUUCAUUAAUUUUAACAAACGAGGAAGUUGAUUCUAAAACCGCGAAAGGACAGGAAUUGAACACGCCAUAAGCACGAUCUAGUUAAAA